ACAACAUUGCCCUCCUCUCUCAAUUAGAGACCUUAAAAGACUGAAACCCACAGCUAAGAGAGAAGCUGGGAAGAAAGUUGCAGAGAAAAUGGUUUAAUAUCUUAAUAUCAGUGAGUGAGUUGUCUCUGCAAAACCUUACAAAGAAGAGGGUCAAAGUGGUUUUUCAAAACCAUCUUAAAACCCACACAACAAUAUCUUCUUCAAUCUCUUCCUAAACAAUUUGGCUGUUUGAUUCAUUUUAUUUGUCUGUUUUGUUGAAUGGGUUUAUCACCAGAACACUCAGCUUCAAAUCUUUACUGCUGUGAAGAUGUUGGAGAUUUAGCGACUUGGGAUAAUGAUACAUGGAUCUCUGAUCUUAAUCUACCAUUGGAUUUCAGUGAAGAAAUCGAUGACGAUGAUGAUGUUGAAGAUGAUAAUAACAGUUUGAUUGAUUGGUUAAUCGAUACAGAGAUCCAUCAUAUCCCUUUACAUUAUCUUCAACGAAUCCGUGACCAUUCGAUUGAUCCCAUUUCUCGUCAAAAUGCUAUUAACUGGAUUUUAAAGGUACAUGAACAUUAUCAUUUUAGACCAGUUACAGCGUACCUUACUGUGAAUUAUCUGGAUCGUUUUCUCUCUUCUUAUCCUUUACCAGAUGGGAAUGGAUGGCCAUUACAGUUAUUAUCAGUAGCUUGUUUAUCAUUAGCAGCUAAAAUGGAAGAACUGAAAGUACCCAAUCUAAUAGAUUUACAAAUUUCAGAACCCAAAUUUGUAUUUAAUUCAAGUAUGAUUCUAAGAAUGGAACUUCUGGUAAUGAGUAAUCUGAAAUGGCGAUUACGAUCAGUCACACCAUUUGAUUAUCUUGAUUAUUUCGUUUCUAAACUUCCUUCUAGUUUCGGUUCUCCUCGUAACGUUUUUUUCACCCGUACUUUUUCUCGUGCAUCAGAUCUUAUUUUCGGCACGAUUCGAGUGACUGAUUUCUUGAGCUAUUCGCCAUCGAUAAUAGCUGCGGCUGCUGUGAUUCUUGCUUCUGGUGGCGGCAUUGACUUAUCGGUGGCGGAGGAUCAGAAAUCGGUGACGUACUAUGAUAAAGUUAGCAAAGAAGUGGUGAGAGGCUGUCAUCAACUAAUGAAGGAGUAUUUGGCAGCUGACACAUGUACAUUAGGUGUUGUUGAGAGCGUGAGAUCUGAAUCAGGCCCACUUCAGACUCCGGUUAGUGAUGUUAAGCACGUGAAAUCUCAAUCGGGGCCACCUGAGAGUCCCAUUGGAGUGAUUGAUGCUGCGGCCUGUAAGAGCUGUGACACUCACAAGUCCAAAUCUGAGAAUCCUGAGACCAGCCCUUCUAAGCCAUCGUCAAGCAAACGCAGAAGAUUAGUAUUUGAUACUUGAUACAAUUAUACUUAGAUUCAUAUCAUAUAGAAUCAUAAGAUACAAUCAAUAACCUUUCUCUCGCAUUGGCACGUCAUAUUUCGACCGUUGUUAAAGUGAGGGAAAGGCUAGACCGCGUGUUGGGCCGGGCUCAGGCUUCAUCCGAGUAUAACUAGAAGAAUUCCACCCGUGCCGUGGGCUUUAGAUUCACUGUCCCCAAAGAAAAUUUGGAUUCCUCAGAUUAGGCUCUUCCUCGGAUUAGGCUCAAGUUCCUUUUAACAAACAACUUGAAUAAGUUUUUUAAUUUGUUUUCUUUUAUAGACAUACGAAAUUUUGAUAUAUUUUUUUCAGACUAUAAAUAAUUUUUGUUUUCAUGUAUUUUAUCAGAGAUUACAUUUAACUUGAUUUGUUUUCCAUUA